AUAUCAUGUAUAUGAGACUUGUCCCAAUUUUAGAUGGUAAUGUUCAGUAAAAUCGUAGCAAAAGGUUGUCGUUGUCUCUGCCACGUACUCAUUGUUUAUCUCUGUUCUCUGAAACACAUCACAUGAUGACUUCAUCCGAUCUCUGUCGUCACUCCACACUCCACACUCCACCACCAACUCUGUUUUCAAGUCUUGCUUCUAAACCCGAAUACUCACUUUAAAAUCCAACCCGGUUUUCACCUGACGUCUUUCUCUCUGUCUCGCCAUAUGAAGCGGGGCAAGAAGAGCUCGGAUGCGGGUGAACCCGUGACCAACCCAGACACUCGAACCGGGUCUAGCGAAGCGGAUGCAGUGAAACCAAGUCUGAGCUCCAUGAAAUCGAUGGGUCUGCUUCUUGCUGUUCUUAUGGUUGCUUCGGUUAUGUUUUCUCUGUCGGUGGUACUCAGAGACCCACCUUCUGAUGAUGUUGUGGAGAGUGUUGCAGCUUCUAGGGUUCUUCAGCUCAGAUUCUACCAAGCCAAUGAAUCAGACGGUGGGUUAAGCAAGAAGAAGGACCAUCUUGUCCCUGGUUUCGAUAAAGAAUCAUGCUUGAGCAGGUAUGAGGCGAGUUUAUAUCGAAAGGAGUCGCCUUUUAAGCAAUCUUCUUACCUGGAAUCUAGAUUCAAUAGAUACCAAGAUCUUCAUAGACGGUGUGGACCGUUUACUACUUUCUAUAGCUCAACAUUUGACAAACUCAAGUUGGGAGAUCGGUCUGAUGGUGGAACCUCUGGUUGUAGUUAUGUGAUAUGGUUGCACUCUGACGGCGAGCUUGGAAGUAGAAUGCUCAGUCUAGCUUCAGCUUUUCUUUAUGCUCUCUUAACCAACAGGGUUUUACUAGUGGAACAAGGAGCUGAAAUGGCUGAUCUUUUCUGCGAGCCGUUUCCAUGCACUUCUUGGUUUCUUCCCUCAGAGUUUCCGCUCAAUGAACAACAGUCUCUUCUUCGCCAUCUUGUUCUUGAUUCCAGUGACCAACAAAAGCUGGAGAGUCAAGCUUUGUUUAACGAAACACCGUGGUUGAUCAUGAGAGCAGAUGGUUACUUUGUCCCCUCUCUCUUCUCCAUCUCUUCAUUUGAGCAGGAACUUGAAAAGCUCUUCCCGGUUAAAGAAACGGUUUUUUACUUCUUGGGUCAGCGUCUCUUUCACCCAACUAAUGUAGUCUGGGGUCUCAUCACACGAUACUAUCACGCUUAUCUUGCUAGAGCUGAUAAAAGAAUAGGAAUCCAUAUUGAGGUCUCUGAUGCUAGCAAUGAUCAGUUUCAGCGUUUGGUAGAACAGAUUCUAGCUUGUGGGGUUAGACAUGAGCUGCUUCCUGAAGUAGACAAAGAGAGACAUCUCCCUUCAAGCCAAGUUAUAAGCCGAAAAUCAAAGGCAGUGUUCAUCUCAUCUUCUUCUUCUCCAGGGUACUUUGAGAGUAUCAGAGACGUGUACUGGGAAAACCCGACGGUGACAGGAGAGAUACUCAGUGUUCACAGGCCUAGCCGCAAGGAAUACCAGAAAACUCAGAGGAACAUGGAGAGCAGGAGAGAGUGGACUGAGAUUUACCUUCUAAGUUGUUCUGAUGUGCUGAUGGUCACAAGCCCUUGGUCCUCGCUUGUGGAGGUAGCUCAUGGUCUUGGAGGGUUGAAGCCAUGGGUAUUGAACGGGACUGAUCAUGACUCUUUUUGUACGAGAGCAAGGUCAAUGGAGCCCUGCUCCCAAACGCCAAGGUCCCAUGGCUGUAAACAUUAGGAGAUGAGUAGUAUUUUUUUUCCUGUGCUAGGUGUUGUGAGGUCAAGAGUCUCUGAGUUUCCCAAUAGAAACGUAAGGAACGUUAAGAGUUUAACUAAAUGUAUGAAUGCAUAACUUGAUCAAGUUCUAUAUUUUUUCCAACA